AUGCCUCCUGGUGUGAUGAUGAGCGGCAGGAGUCGAACUCGAAGCAGGUGGAGGGGCGCGUGCGCGGCGCCGCUGCUGCUGCUGCGGUGCGCGCUCGUCAUGGCGUGCGUGGGCGGCGCGCUGGCCGUGGACGCGCUGGGCGCGGCGCUGCUGGCCUGGAAGCGCACGCUGCGGGGCGGCGCGGAGGCGCUGCGGGACUGGAGGGACACCGACGCGUCGCCGUGCCGGUGGACGGGGGUGUCCUGCAACGCCGCGGGCCGGGUCACGGAGCUCAGCCUGCAGUUCGUCGACUUGCACGGCGGCGUCCCCGCCGACCUGUCCGCCUCCGCCGUGGGCGCCACGCUCGCGCGCCUCGUGCUCACGGGCACCAACCUCACGGGCCCCAUCCCGCCGCAGCUCGGGGACCUGCCGGCGCUGGCGUACCUCAACCUCAGCAACAAUGCGCUCACGGGGUCGAUCCCGGCCGCCCUGUGCCGGCCCGGGAGCAGGCUCCAGAGCCUCUACCUCAACUCCAACCGCCUCGAGGGCGCCAUCCCGGACGCCAUCGGCAACCUCACGGCGCUGCGGGAGCUCAUCAUCUACGACAACCAGCUCGAGGGGGCCAUCCCGGCGUCCAUCGGACAGAUGGCCAGCCUCGAGGUGCUCCGCGCCGGCGGCAACAAGAACCUCCAGGGCGCGCUCCCGCCGGAGAUUGGCAACUGCUCCAGCCUCACCAUGCUCGGCCUCGCCGAGACCAGCAUCUCCGGCCCGCUCCCGGCGACCCUGGGCCAGCUCAAGAGCCUCGACACCAUCGCCAUCUACACCGCGAUGCUCUCCGGGCCGAUACCUCCCGAGCUCGGCCAAUGCAGCAGCUUGGUCAACAUCUACCUGUACGAGAACGCGCUCUCCGGGUCCAUCCCGCCGCAGCUCGGCAGGCUCAGCAGCCUCAAGAACCUGCUGCUGUGGCAGAACAACCUCGUCGGCGUCAUACCGCCGGAGCUGGGGGCGUGCGCAGGGCUCACCGUCCUGGACCUGUCCAUGAACGGCCUCACCGGCCACAUCCCGGCGUCGAUCGGGAACCUGACGUCGCUAAAGGAGCUGCAGCUCAGCGUGAACAAGGUGUCCGGCCUGAUCCCAGCCGAGCUCGCGCGCUGCACCAACCUCACAGACCUCGAGCUCGACAACAACCAGAUAUCCGGCGCCAUCCCCGCUGAGAUCGGGAAGCUCACGGCGCUGCGCAUGCUCUACCUCUGGGCCAACCAGCUCACGGGGAGCAUCCCGCCGGAGAUUGGCGGCUGCGCGAGCCUCGAGUCGCUCGACCUGUCGCAGAACGCGCUCACCGGGCCCAUCCCGCAGGCCUACCACUGGGAGCCUCAUGGCGAGGCGGAGUUUGUUCCGAGACCUCCUGCCGAGGCUCGAGGCGCGAGGUGGAGGAGGGCUCGGUCGUGGCGCAACAAUGCGCUCACGGGGUCGAUCCCGGCCGCCCUGUGCCGGCCCGGGAGCCGGCUCCAGAGCCUCUACCUCAACUCCAACCGCCUCGAGGGCGCCAACCCGGACGCCAUCGGCAACCUCACGGCGCUGCGGGAGCUCAUCAUCUACGACAACCAGCUCGAGGGGGCCAUCCCGGCGUCCAUCGGACAGAUGGCCAGCCUCGAGGUGCUCCGCGCCGGCGGCAACAAGAACCUCCAGGGCGCGCUCCCGCCGGAGAUUGGCAACUGCUCCAGCCUCACCAUGCUCGGCCUCGCCGAGACCAGCAUCUCCGGCCCGCUCCCGGCGACCCUGGGCCAGCUCAAGAGCCUCGACACCAUCGCCAUCUACACCGCGAUGCUCUCCGGGCCGAUACCUCCCGAGCUCGGCCAAUGCAGCAGCUUGGUCAACAUCUACCUGUACGAGAACGCGCUCUCCGGGUCCAUCCCGCCGCAGCUCGGCAGGCUCAGCAGCCUCAAGAACCUGCUGCUGUGGCAGAACAACCUCGUCGGCGUCAUACCGCCGGAGCUGGGGGCGUGCGCGGGGCUCACGGUCCUGGACCUGUCCAUGAACGGCCUCACCGGCCACAUCCCGGCGUCGAUCGGGAACCUGACGUCGCUGCAGGAGCUGCAGCUCAGCGUGAACAAGGUGUCCGGCCUGAUCCCAGCCGAGCUCGCGCGCUGCACCAACCUCACAGACCUCGAGCUCGACAACAACCAGAUAUCCGGCGCCAUCCCCGCUGAGAUCGGCAAGCUCACGGCGCUGCGCAUGCUCUACCUCUGGGCCAACCAGCUCACGGGGAGCAUCCCGCCGGAGAUUGGCGGCUGCGCGAGCCUCGAGUCGCUCGACCUGUCGCAGAACGCGCUCACCGGGCCCAUCCCGCGUUCCCUCUUCCGGCUGCCGCGGCUCUCCAAGCUGCUGCUAAUCGACAACACCCUCUCAGGCGAGAUACCACCCGAGAUUGGCAACUGCACGUCGCUCGUCCGGUUCCGCGCGAGCGGCAACCACCUCGCCGGUGCGAUUCCUCCCGAGGUUGGUAAGCUUGGCAACCUCAGCUUCUUUGACCUGGGCUCGAACAGGUUGUCCGGCGCCAUACCAGCGGAGAUCGCCGGGUGCCAGAACCUCACGUUCGUCGACCUCCACGGCAAUGCCAGCGCCGGCAUUCUGCCACCGGGGCUGUUCCACGACAUGCUCUCGCUGCAGUACCUGGACCUGUCGUACAACUCCAUCGGCGGCGCGAUCCUGUCGGACAUCGGCAAGCUCGGUUCGCUCACGAAGCUUGUUCUUGGCGGGAACAGGCUCACGGGACAGAUACCUGCAGAGAUCGGUUCCUGUUCACGGCUCCAGCUCCUGGACCUCGGCGGCAACACGCUGUCCGGCGCUAUACCGGCGAGCAUCGGCAAGAUUCCUGGGCUGGAGAUUGCUCUCAAUCUGAGCUGCAACGGCUUGUCGGGCGGGAUACCCAAGGAGUUCGGUGGCCUCGUGCGGCUUGGUGUGCUCGACGUGUCGCACAACCAGCUCUCCGGUGAUCUCCAGCCGCUGUCCGCGCUCCAGAACCUUGUGGCCCUCAACAUCUCCUUCAACGACUUCACCGGCCGCGCGCCCGAGACGGCGUUCUUCGCUAAGCUGCCGACGAGCGACGUGGAAGGCAACCCGGGUCUGUGCCUGUCGCGGUGCCCCGGCGACGCCAGCGAGCGCGAGCGCGCGGCGCGGCGCGCUGCCCGCGUCGCCACCGAGGUCCUGGUGUCCGCGCUCGUCGCCCUCCUCGCCGCCGCGGCGUUCCUCCUCGUUGGCCGCCGCAGACGCUCAUCCUCGUUGUUCGGCGGCCCGCGCUCCGACGAGGACGGCAAGGACGCCGAGAUGCUGCCCCCGUGGGACGUGACGCUGUACCAGAAGCUGGAGAUCAGUCUUAGUACAAAAUCUGACGGUUGUGAUUUGGUCUCCCGCGCAGAGUACGGGUGCUUGACUAAGAUCACGACGAAGAGCGACGUGUACAGCUUUGGGGUGGUGCUGCUGGAGGCCAUCACGGGGCGGCGGCCGGUGGAGGCGGCGUUCGGGGAGGGCCGGAGCGUGGUGCAGUGGGUGCGCGAGCACCUCCACCAGAAGCGCGACCCUGCGGAGGUGAUCGACCAGCGGCUGCAGGGGCGGCCGGACACGCAGGUGCAGGAGAUGCUGCAGGCGCUCGGGAUCGCGCUGCUGUGCGCCAGCGCGCGGCCCGAGGACCGGCCGACCAUGAAGGACGUGGCGGCGCUGCUGCGCGGCCUCCGGAGCGACAAUGACGGCGCCGAGGCGCGGAAGACGCCUCAAAAUCCGGUACCUUUUGUGAAGCCAACUACUGAGAACAGGGGUGUGGAUAAUCUCCCACCUGGUGGUUUCCUCAGCUAUUUCAAUCACCCAUGGAGUCAGCCACUUUCCCAGCCGAUCCCACCACAUUUAGCUGAUGGAAAUAGAGGGAAAGGGAGCCCAGCAGUGUCAGCUUCUGGGUCUCAUCCGCGACCCCAGCCCUUGAUCAAUUUAGACAAUGAUGAGGAUGAUGGAAAUGGUGCUAGGAUUGACAUACUGCUAAAAUGGACGAAGCCGGAGGAAGUGAGCUUGGUGGUUGCAUGGGUGAACAAUUCAAACAAUCCAAUCAAUGGCAACGGCAAGAAGACUGAUCGGUAUUGGGGAGAUGUUGCUAAUGAGUAUAAUAGUACCACCCCUAAAAGUAGAAGAAGAACAACAAAGCAAUUGAAGGACCACUUUCAGAAAAUUAAGAAAAAAGUCACUUGGUUCCGCAACUCAUGGAAAGAGGCUACAUCAAUUUGGCCUAGUGGUCAUUCUGAUGACCAGAUAAUGGAGAAGGCCGAAGCUAUCUAUGAGGAAUACAAAGAUGGUCGUCCAAUAGGCAACAAAAAGGCAAAGAAAGAGGCCAAGAAAUGCCCUUCUCAUAUGGAUGAUGUUCUACAGCAGCUUACAAAACUUCAGGGCACAAAUGAAAGUCGAGAAAAGAUGUUGGAAACCCAGAAACACGUUUCAAGUGAGAAGCUUGAAUCAGCUAGACUUAACCAUCUUGCAGCCAAAGAAAAUGCUAAGUCGGCUAUGGUGGAGACGUACAGAGCACUCAGUAUGAAAGAUACAAGUGCAAUGCCUGAUGAUGUCAGAGUUGAGCACUUGGCAUUUAUGAGAUGUGUGAGGGAGAGUAUAUUUGGCAAAACUGAAUCAGAUGCAAAUGGUGGCUCUUAA